ACUCCAAAGAAGAAAUAAAAACGGAUCUGAAGUCAAUAUCGCGUUAUUUUGGCCUAAUUCAACGUUUCUACUUCGGAAUGGAAAGCUGAUCCUAUAUAUUUGCCUACGAGAAACGCCAUUGAUCCGUCAUUACGUGGUCUGGUGACAACAGCUGUACAUCCUACCAGCUCUCAUGUCCUUGCUAGAUAAAUGAAAAUACAUUACACAAUUAAAUUAAGGUAGUGAAAAAUAAAGUUAAAGAGAAAAAAAAUGCUUUCUCGUUUAUUGAAGGAGCAUCAUGCAAAGCAAAACGAGAGAAAAGAACUGCAAGAGAGACGCAGACGAGAGGCAAUUGCAGCUGCCACCUGUCUAACAGAAGCCUUGGUGGAUCACCUUAAUGUUGGGGUGGCCCAGGCGUACGUGAACCAGAGGAAGCUGGACCAUGAGGUGAAGACGCUACAGGUGCAGGCCGGCCAGUUCUCCAAGCAGACCGCUCAGUGGAUCGUUAUGGUGGAAGGCUUUAACCAAGCCCUGAAGGAAAUAGGUGAUGUGGAGAACUGGGCUCGCAGCAUUGAGGUGGACAUGAGAACCAUCGCCACAGCUCUGGAGUACGUACACAAGGGUCAGCUCACAUCAGCCUCUUCAUAGAUACGCUGAACCAUAACCUGGAACUGAUAGCCUGCUGCUAGCUUCAGUAGCCUGAUGGCCCGCUGCUAGCUUCAGUAGCCUGAUGGCCCGCUGCUAGCUUCAGUAGCCUGAUGGCCCGCUGCUAGCUUCAGUAGCCUGAUGGCCUGCUGCUAGCUUCAGUAGCCUGAUGGCCUGCUGCUAGCUUCAGUAGCCUGAUGGCCUGCUGCUAGCUUCAGUAGCCUGAUGGCCUGCUGCUAGCUUCAGUAGCCUGAUAGCCUGCUGCUAGCUUCAGUAGCCUGAUAGCCUGCUGCUAGCUUCAGUAGCCUGAUAGCCUGCUGCUAGCUUCAGUAGCCUGAUAGCCUGCUGCUAGCUUUCACUGUGAAACAGUGGUUGACUUACCACGGAUACCAGGAUUCUGGUUUAAAAAAAACAACUGAUGAAAGUUGAUUCAAGGCUUCAAGGCUUCAGUAAUGACUAAGGCUUUAAGGCUUGCCCAGUGUUCACGAGUGACACAUUGUGUUACAGUAGGAACAGUAUGCCUGUGGACAAAUAAACCUUAUUUAACAGAGCGCCUAUGACCCAUCUGCAAUGUUGUGUUGUCCACAACCCUUUAAUUGUUAAAGGUCUGUACCAAAAUAUAUUAACUGUCGUGGAAAUAUCGGGAACUAAUUGUCCACAGGGCAGGUAUAAUGGGCAACAACUUCAGAUGGGUUCCAUGUGAAUUUAGCCACACUCCUAAUAAUCAUUUGGCUGUUUGUCCAAACAUCGUUUCCUUUGUGAGUCAAUCUGUGUAGGAGAACAAGACAAAGCAUAUGUAUCUGUUGUAUGGGAAAUGCAAUGUUUUAACUCAUCUUCUUUGGCAAAGGUCAAUAGUUCAGAUUGGUUUUAGUCUCUCUCUCUCUCUCUGGGGUACCCGUUAGUCAUUCUCUGAAGUUAUUCCAUUUUCCUAUUCCCAUGAGGAUGAAUAGGAUGUCGAAAAUGUGGAUUAGCUAGCGAGACGUUGGAACAAAAGAGGUCUGUUUGUGAAAUAGUACCAUGGAGAAAUAGGAUUUAUUGGCUUCUAAUUGGUCGCCUGUUUAGAAGGAGAGACUUGUCUGGUAACUGCCGUCUCUCCUGGAUGACUAAAACUACCCAGACUGAACGAUGCGUUCACCAGUGACUUCCGUCUGGGUUAAACGGGUGGUAUCUCUACCCUGUUUUUAAUAAAAGCGACGUUAAGUCUCUUGCUUCUUGAAAAACCUUUUUUGGGUCAUGCAUGUUCAAAUAAUCGUUCUCUCUCUCUCACGGUGUAUUUGUAGCCUGAGUGCCAGUCAGUUUCUGCUAUCGUACCGACUCAUUGUCACGCCAAACACAUUUAACCGCAAAUGGAGUUGACGAGAGCACAAAGGGAUCUCGGGAGAAACCAGGCUAUUCGUGUCAAAUGCUCGUCUUUUAACUCUGUUUUUGAUGUGACGUUUCUCUAUUCUGGAAUAAAGACAUUUUAAAGUCA